AUGUUCAGGGUCUGUCCCGAGGGUUUUGUCUGUCUGAUGGCAGGAAACAACCCAAAUUACGGGUUCACCAGCUAUGACUCCUUCGGCUGGUCUCUGCUGAACAUGAUCCGCCUGCUGAGCCAGGACUUCUGGGAAAACCUCCUGCAGAUGACGUUGCGGUCCUCAGGUAAAUUCUACCUGUCCUUCUUCCUGCUAGUGGUCUUCCCUAGCUGUUUCUGCAUCCUCUGCCUGAUGGUGGCGGCGGUGGUGAUGGCAUGUGUGAAACGGGAGGAGGUGGGCGCCACUGAGGCCCGAGAGAGGGAGGAGGAGUUCAGGGAGGUGCUUGAGACACUGAAGAGGACGGAAGAUGAGGAGCAGGCGUCCUGCGGGAUGGCGCUCUCACAGGGACAGGACAGACACAACAACCAGCACCAGGGACACACUGCGGGGACAGGGACAUGCUCAGACGUCCUCCUGAAGUGGGAGUGUUGUGGCUGUUGGCGGUGGCUCCAUCAGCGUCUGCACACCGUCAUCACCAACCCGUUUUUUGACCUCGCUAUCAUCGUCUGUAUCAUCGUGGAUAUCCUUUUCAUGUCCAUGGAGCAUUAUCCAAUGACGGAGGAGUUUGCAGUCCACCUGAGCAUCGCUGACCUGGUCAGUGUCCAAAAAGGACUACAACAACUAUAG